AGUCCAGCUAGCUAGUCCGAACGAAUAAGAACAAUCCGGUUGGUUUAAAACCCGGUUCACGAAAGCCGGUCCACACAAAUCAUUUUCCCCCAAUAAAUGAAUUACAGAAAACGGAACAACAUUCCUUCUUCUCUCGAUCCCUUGUAGCCAGCCCUGCCGUGUACAUAUGCCAAAGCACAAAACAGAAACAAGUCUUCGCUUAAGGGAUAAAGAAGAGAUCUACGGAUUCUCCUGCUAAUUUUGUAUUUACUGAUGUAAAUACUCAUCCAUCGACUUAUUUGCAUUCAAGAUUGGUUUCCCGUACCAAGAGUGAGUUUAAGUGGCCACAUUUUAUGAAUUUGUUGAAUAUUUGCAAUGCGGAGUUGACCGAGAAGUGCGAGCUAGGGGAUGUGGAGUGGUUGUAUUAUACUGGCUUUCACUUCAUCUACUGAGAGUGCGAAGGAAAAAAUUAGUUGUAUAUAAAAAUGGCUGAUGCUGCUGCUCUUAUUGAAGCCUCAGGAUCCAGAUUUAGUGAUCUUGAGCUCAUCGGAAGAGGCUCGUUUGGUGACGUCUAUAAAGGGUUUGAUAAGGAACUCAACAAAGAGGUUGCAAUCAAGGUUAUUGAUCUAGAAGAAUCGGAGGAUGAAGUUGAGGAUAUCCAAAAGGAAAUUGCAGUUUUAUCACAAUGUCGAUCUCCCUAUAUUACGGAGUACUAUGGGUCAUACCUGCACCAAACUAAGCUAUGGAUAAUAAUGGAAUACAUGGCUGGUGGCUCAGUUGCUGAUCUAAUUCAACCAAAUCAGCCAUUGGAUGAAAUGUCUAUUGCAUGCAUUUUACGUGAUUUGCUUCAUGCUGUUGAAUACCUCCACUCUGAAGGCAAAAUUCAUCGCGAUAUCAAAGCGGCUAAUAUCUUGCUCUCAGAAAAUGGUGAUGUGAAGGUAGCAGAUUUUGGCGUUUCUGCACAGCUGACAAGGACGAUCUCUAGGAGAAAGACAUUUGUAGGAACACCAUUCUGGAUGGCACCUGAAGUAAUUCAGAACUCAGAAGGCUACAAUGAGAAGGCCGAUAUUUGGUCACUUGGUAUAACUGCAAUUGAGAUGGCCAAAGGGGAACCCCCACUUGCUGAUCUGCACCCCAUGAGAGUACUUUUUAUCAUACCUCGAGAAAAUCCUCCCCAGCUAGAGGAACACUUUUCUCGUCCUCUCAAGGAAUUUGUGUCCUUGUGUUUGAAGAAGAGUCCUACUGAGAGGCCAAGUGCAAAGGAACUACUGAAGCAUCGUUUCAUAAGGAAUGCAAGAAAAAGCCCCAGACUUUUAGAGAGAAUCAGGGAGCGCCCCAAGUUUGAAAUAAAGGAUGAUAUUGAUUCCCCUAGGAAUGGCCUGAAACCUGUAGGGGAAGCAUCGGGCACUGUUAAGGUGACAAGAGAUACGGGUACUGAAGACACUGUUAAAGUCAGUGGCCAGGGGAAAACCCUAAAAACUGCUGGAUGGGACUUCAGCAUUGGAGGAUCAUCUAGUACUGGAACUGUCCGAAGUGUGAAACCACCACAGGUUAGAGAUAGGAAACCAGAAGUUCCAUCAAAUCAACCUGCUUCAAGAAAAAAUUUGGACAGUGGUAACAAUUGGUCCUCUGCUUCUGGAACUAUUCUUUAUAACUCAUCAGAGGGUUUCAGCCAAAAAGAUGACGGAGAUGCAAACAACAAUGAGAAAAGAGAUUAUUCUCGUGAAGAUGAGGAAUUAUCAGUGAGUGGUACUGGAACAGUGGUUGUGAGAUCACCAAGAGGAUCUCCUAGAGGAUUUCAGUCCUCUUCUCUGUUCAGUGACCAGAGUUCCCUGUCCAGUAGCACACUUGCUUCUUUCGAGGAUGCUUCUUCCAGUGGCACUGUAGUUUAUCGUGGACGUCAUGAUGACCCAGAUUCUCCUCGAACGCCAAAAUCUAGGUUAGGAAUUCAAGAGAGAUCUUCAAGUGCAUCACUUGAAGAUAGCACAACAAACCUUGCCGAGGCCAAGGCUGCCAUGCUAGCAGGACCAAAGAAAGGAAACGCUAGAGACAGAUCGAAAUUGGGCAAGGUCCAACGUGAUGGGCUAGAAAAUAAAACAGAACAAUCAACAAUGAGCUCUGAUUCUUCUAGGCACUCUCGCGACUAUCUUGAUGCGCAGAAGGUGUUUUCAAGAUCGCGCCAUACAAGUGAUGAAGAAGAUGGUGCGAGAACAUAUGCUGCACCUUCAUCUGCCACCUUAUCUGUUCUCCUCAUUCCUUCACUAAAAGAGACUGCUACUAGUGAAUCAGAUGGUUCACUCAUGCAGGCGAUGGUUGGCUCUUUCUUGGAUAUGGAGCGCAUGAAGCCUGGUUCUUGCGAUCUGUUCAUGACUAGGUUGCUCCAGCGACUGGCAAGCUCAAAGGAGUCAUCUUUGAAAGAUCUGCAAGACCUUGCUGCUCGCAUCUUUGCAAAGGGAAAGAUUGAAGCAGAGAGUACAAGUACCGAGGUUGAUAGCAAGAAAAAACAGCAGAGUAAAGAGCUUAAUUCAAAUGCGAAUUUGAGUCCUCUGGCAAGGUUCUUGCUCUCAAGAUGGCAAGGACAUGCUUCUCGAGAUCAAAAUGCUUAAACAUUGAGGUUAGAUUAUUGUUUCAAAAUUUUGCUUUUUAAUGUUGCUUUGUUCUAGAAUUAUUUUGAUUCUGUGUACAUAUCAUUUUGAGGACAUCUGUAAUUUCUGUCCUCUGAUUCAUUUUGUUGGGUUACCGAAGAAGUUUUUCUGCU